AGAGAUAUGUUUCGGAAUGGACCACUCAAAUUGUGCCAAAUUAUUGUCCAGAUUUCAGGAGUGGUGAUUUUUGAGGAAACUUAUUAUUGUUUCUAACCGUGUAUAGACAUUUAUGUAAAUUCCUUCCUACAGCUACAGGUGAGUAAUUGCAACCACCUACUUACGGGCCUCAAUGGCUUGUUUCCAUGUUAUUUACUUGGAAAUUCUCAUCGGACUGGAAUCUCCUCGAAUCUGAAACAUGUUUAGCCACCAAAAGAUAUGCAGCAAUUUGUGAAGAAUGAGUUAUUACUGCAGAAUGUCUCAAACAGUUGUGCAAUCACUAUUAUUUCUUUCUUUUAUCUGUGACAGGCUUCACGACAGUGACUGACAUUUGUGUCAGCUUUGUUGAUCAUGUCUGAUUACUUUGGAGGACAAUCUUGGCUGCAAAAAGGUUGAGCAAUCUCAGGAUUUCUUAAGCAUUAAUCAAUCACUCGGGUGAAAAUGGAUAACAACGGUCAACGCGAGAAUGGCAUGUAUAGAAUGGAUUACUACAAAGGAAUGCAUGCCCCUCCGUGGAGUAUGAUGCCUCAGUUUCAGGCUAAGGAACCGAAUGCUAUCCUAAUGAAUAAAAAAAUAAUGCACAUCAUGGCUGAAAAGGAUGCGGCCGUAGAAGAACUAAACAGAGCAAUAUCGGAAAAGAAUAUAGCCUUCGACGAGCGAAACAAGGCCCUCAAGCAACGAGAUGAAGCCAUUGGUACCCGUGAUGCAGCAAUCCGAGAGCGUGACAGUGCAAUCGCAGCUCUCCGUUUCCACGAGACCACAUUGGGAAACGAGACCCCUCGAGGAAUAAAACGCGCACAUCAUGAAGGCGGCGGUUACAACAGAACCCGAGAAGUGUUUUCGGGGGGAGAUGUUACCAGAUCCAUCCUGACUAAGCAACAGACAAAAGUAGGAGGGGGGAAGGCGGUUACAUUGAAACCAUCAUCCACAACCACGACCACAAAAUCAACCAGAAAGAUAAAGAAAGUGGGUGAGGAUUUGAAUAGGCACGUGACUACAGAUGGAUCGAAAGCAGAGUGGGAUGCACAAGAUAUAGGUCUUAUCAAUGAAGUCAAUUUCGAUGAUUCCACCAUGCCUCCGCCCAUGUGCUCGUGCACAGGAAUUCCUAGGCAGUGUUAUAAAGGAGGGAACGGAGGUUGGCAGUCUGCUUGUUGCACGACCCACAUGUCGCUUUACCCAUUGCCUCAAAGACCAAAUAGGCGGCACGCCAGAGUUGGUGGGCGUAAGAUGAGCAGAAGCGUGUUCAACAGAUUGCUGAGUAGGUUAGCAGCUGAAGGACAGGACUUGUCUUUGCCAGUUGAUCUCAAGGAUUACUGGGCUAAACACGGUACAAAUCGCUACAUUACCAUCAAGUAAUUUUAUAUUCCUUUAGUUAGGUUGCUGUCGGUCUGUCUGUUGGGGAGAUAA